GAUACAUUACGCGGUAUAGUUGGAUGCAUGCGUUACAACGUGAUACUCUUUCUCCUGCUUGCGAGUUGCAAUGCUUUUCCGUUUGUCGCGCUUGUACCGUUCUCAGUAGCGAUAACGGGAGUAAUAUACAAGUAUCGUCUAAACUGUCUCCUAUAUGAAUGCUGUUCUUCAGCCGUUCACUUCAACAAAACAAGCUUGGAACGAUCGCUUUCGGAUGAAUUGCAUGGUCAGCAUAUCGCAGCUGAGCGUGUGUAUCAUCAUUUAGUCGAUCAUAUUUCUGGUGGUUUGCCACAAAAGCCUCUAGCAUUGUCAUUCCAUGGAUACACUGGUGUUGGGAAGAAUUUUGUUUCAAAUAUUAUCGCGAAUAAUGUUUUGAAAUUGGGAACAAGGAGUCGGUUUUACCAUUUCUAUGAUGCGACAAUACACUUCAAACAUGCCUCCCAUAUUCCGGAGUAUAAGGAACGCCUUUAUCGAGAUCUACAUACAGCUGUUUCCGAGUGCCCUACAUCAAUAUUUGUUUUUGAUGAAAUGCACAAUAUGCCUCAUGGAAUAUUGGAUAUAUUGUCACCUUUGCUAGAGGUCCGUGAAACAGUUGAAGGCGUUGAUUUUAGAAAGUCAAUAUUCAUCUUUUUGAGUAAUGCCGGUGGUAAUUAUAUCAAUAGGCGUACGUAUGAGCAUUUAGUUGGUGGAAAGAAGCGAGAAGAUCUGCGUUAUACAGAUGUCGAUCGCUUUUUAGCCAAAUCGGCAUUUAAUAAUGAAGUGGCUCUAGAGUAUUUUAAUGUUCAAUGCUUAGAUACUUUCAGUAGGAAGCUUGUUAACACUGAUCCAGUAAGGCUUAUUUACAUCUUCAAGGUAAUGAAUAAUACUUUAGAUAUCUAUACUAUCACAACUCAGAGCUGCAGUUACAGUCUAGUUGGUCCGUCAUUUAAAGACCAUCACUGAAAUAUUCGUGUCUCUGGGAUCCUUUCACCACUGAAAAACACAUUGUUCACUAAUCAUUCUGUAUUUUAGUAUUUACUGAUGAUGUCACGUCAAGAUAUUUAUAGCAAAGCAUUCAGAAUACUAAAUUUUCGUUAAUCUUUUUAAUAGUAAACUUAUUGUAACCUGGAUGCAAUCAAGGAUGACCUUUACUACCAGUCAAAUGAUCUCAAAACUUCCUUCGAUAAACGUU